GCCUUUGCGACCACGGCGGCGGCGGCAUUCCUCGUUCAACCAGGUGAACCGGGAGUUCCCGAAGUGGGCGGCCGAGUGGGCGCGCGUGCUUGUCCCUGGCGGCGUGGCGCUGGUGGUCACGAUCUGCAAGAAGGUCGUGGAGGACAAAACGCUGCCGCCCCUGCAGAGGCGCGGGCUGCUGGAGCUGGAGCAGGCCAUGCAGUUCGACAACAAGGGCUACACGGUCUGCCGGCUGUACACGCUGCGGAGGCCGCGCGGGGGCCCCGCGCGUGCGGAGCAGCGGCUGCGGACGCAGGCGCCGUGGACGCCGGUGCGGCAGCUGCACCGGGCGGCGCGCCGGUGGCAGCGGAU